AUGUCGCAUCAAAAUGACGAGAUCUUUCGAAAUUUACCGACCGAAGAAGGAGAUAGUGGGUUCUCGAGUAGUGAGGCUAGUGAUACGAUGCCGACAUUAAUGUCGGCCAGCAGCAGUGAAGCAGAAGAAGAUUUGAGACAGGAGAACCAAGGGAAUGACCGUGGAGAACCACCUACGAUUGAUGAAGUCAAAGAAAGGAGAUUUAGAAUCAACAGACGCGAAAUGGCUCGACAUCUUGAACGAUUUAGACUAACUGGUCGUCGUACUAACAAUGUUUGGACGACAAGAACAAAGAUAGAAUCUAGCGAGUCGAGUGAAACUGAGAAGGAACCAUCACAAUCAAGCACAUCAACCCAGGAACAUCUAGGAAGGUCCCAAGACGAUCAGAUAACGGAAUCAGGGAAUCAACCAGAAACCACAGAUAAGUAG